AGCGGAGGGCAGAAAAAAACAAAAACAAUCCGCCCGGGCGUCCAUCUUGAAUACAGUAAGCCAUCGGUGACUGACAGCCACGGAGAGGGAAAUUGCGAUAAAUUGAGUUCAGACCGCCCUGUAAAGUCAAGCGACCGCGACAACCCGGCCAAUGCACACGGAAGGAUUACAUUUAGCGACAUUAUCGAUUAAUUCCGUCUUAUUUUUUCGUCCUAUUCCCGGCGGGGCUGAUGAAGUUAUUUCGGAGGUUGUGCGUGCGUGCUUAGCUUUAUUCAACUGUCGACAUUCGUUAGUUUAAAAGGAUCGUUUCUUAUAUCUACAUACCCUGGUUGUUCUUGAGACUCUUUCUGCUGUUGUUCCUUGCAGCGUCGACUCAAUAAAAUACGGCGGGAAUGUGGAUAUAACACGUUUGACCAUAGUCCUUCACUGUCAACUUGAGCUUGCGCGGAGCUCGUGCGUUCGCUGAAUCGUGCGCGUGACCCCGUUUAUUUCAGUUUAUAUACGAUCUGUUAUAGUACACAGAUACUAUAUACUGCAUAUAUAUUCUGUCAAGUAACAGUUAUGUGGAAACUUAAUUUGGGAUACGGUAAUUCCAUUUUUAGAGCCGUGGACGUAGAUUCAUUUGUUGUACUGCCUUAGACUUUUCAGAUGGAGUGAUUUGGAGCCAUUGCUUUGAUUGAAAUAUUAGCUCCAUUGCAUCACUAGGAAUAUAUAUAUAUAUAUUUUAUGGCAGGUUUUAUGCAUAGGCUGGCCAGUCGUUCUGAUCAUUGGGGAUGGGAGCUGGCCCACUUACUGAAAGAGCUUAUUGAACGGGCUCGUUUAUUCUGAGCGCGCGACAGUGCAACAUUUCAUAGUUACAGUAUUCUUACGCAUUGGCAUUUCGUCGUUACUGAUAUGGGCUUUAAGAGGGACUGUACUUCUAAAAUAUCGCUAUAUUUCUAAAACAUAAUCGACUUUGAAUAAACUGUCACCAGUGGACACUUUGUUGCUGUUUUUCAAUCACCGAACCUAAGGAGUAUAAACUGGCAUUGGAUUUGUGCUUUGGCAUACAUCACUGAAUCUGUGACAUGGAUGUGUUUCACUGACUGUCGAUCAAUAGUGUUUUGAGGGAAACUUGAAUGCAAACGCUUGGAUUUUGUGUCAAAAGGCAGUAGAUUGAAAAAAUGGGACCUGCAACAAAGCUGGCGUUUGGAGUGUUCCUCAUCUCUUGCUCCUCAGGUGCCAUUCUCGGCCGCUCGGAGACACAAGAGUGUGUGUUAUACAACUACAGCCCCCCCAGCGGCGAGAGCCGAGGGAACCGGAGUGGCAUUGAGACAUGUGUAGGUGAGAAGGACAAGAGAUGUCAUUGCUUCGCAACUUGGCGAAAUGUGUCUGGAUCGGUGGAAAUAGUAAAGCAAGGCUGCUGGCUUGAUGAUAUCAACUGCUAUGACAGCACCGAGUGUGUGGAGAAGAAGGAGGAUCCGGACGUGUUCUUCUGCUGCUGUGAAGGCAACAUGUGCAACGAGAAGUUCUUCUACAACCCCGACCCGCCAGUUCUGAGUAAGGCCCCCUUCAGCGACACAAACAGCAAAGUCUUUAAGGCAACAUCGAACCCCUUUACCCAGAAGCCUCCACUGUUCAGCACCCUCCUCUACUCCAUCGUGCCCAUCAUGGCCAUUGCUGCUAUUGUUCUUCUCUCCUUCUGGAUGUAUCGGCAUCACAAGCUGGCAUAUCCGCCUGUUCUGGUUCCCACACAGCACGCCUUUCAUAUAAUGAUAGAGGACCCUGCACCCAUGCCACCGUCUCCCACCUUGAUCCAAAAGCCACUGCAGUUGUUGGAAAUCAAAGCUAGGGGGCGCUUCGGCUGCGUGUGGAAGGCUCAGCUGCUCAAUGACUAUGUGGCAGUGAAGGUCUUCCCAAUUCAGGACAAGCUGUCUUGGCAGAAUGAGUAUGAUAUUUACAAUCUUCCGGGCAUGAGGCACGAGAACGUUCUGCAUUUCAUGGGGGCAGAGAAGAGAGGAAGCAACCUGGACAUUGAGCUGUGGCUCAUCACUGCUUAUCACGAGAAGGGAUCUCUGUCAGACUACCUGAAGGCAAAUGUGGUGACGUGGAAUGAGCUGUGUCACAUUGGUCAGACCAUGGCUCGAGGACUGGCUUACCUGCACGCUGACAUCCCGGGACACAGAGACGGACACAAAGCGGCCAUCGCACACAGGGAUAUUAAAAGCAAGAAUGUGCUGCUGAAGACGAACUUGACAGCCUGUAUAGCUGACUUCGGUUUGGCUCUGAGGUUUGAGGCGGGGAAGUCAGCUGGGGACACUCACGGUCAGGUGGGAACCAGGCGCUACAUGGCCCCGGAGGUGCUUGAGGGGGCCAUCAAUUUCCAGCGAGAUGCUUUCCUCAGGAUAGACAUGUAUGCGGUGGGGCUGGUGCUGUGGGAGCUGGCGUCUCGCUGCACUGCGUCUGAUGGUCCUGUUGAUGAGUACAUGCUGCCUUUCGAAGAAGAGGUGGGGCAGCAUCCCACACUGGAAGACAUGCAGGAGGUGGUGGUCCACAAAAAACUUCGGCCCACCCUCAGGGAGUGCUGGCAGAAACAUGCGGGUUUGGCCAUGCUGUGCGAGACCAUAGAGGAGUGUUGGGACCACGAGGCAGAGGCGCGGCUCUCCGCGGGAUGCGUUGAGGAGCGCGUGGUCCAGAUGCAGCGACAGACCAGCGUCUCCGCCCCGGAGGAAAUAGUCACCGUUGUAACCAUGGUGACCAACGUGGACUACCCCCCUAAGGAGUCUAGUCUAUGACUAGAGGAUUUCAGCAUGUGAAUUGCGGGCUGACCGAACAGAAAAGACACAUCCGUGAUGUUUGACUGCUGUUCUGACCGGCUAGCUUCAGACAUGCUGGGUGAUUAUCUUGUGCUUACGGCUGGAUCGAUGCAGAUGAUGAAUUCUACACCGAAUCCCAGCAGACAGCUGUGUUAGUGUAUGUGUGUAUAUAAAAACUACAAUCACGGGGCACUGGAUGGAUGGAUUAUAAUUCGACACGAGGUCCCCGCGUCGAAAACGAAACCGUUUGCGGAGACGAAACUUUGCCCGUUUGAGGACGAAACCAGACUCCACACGGCAUUUCAAAGGGGCGACAUCCAUGUAUAAAAGCAAACAAAAAAGAAACAAGGACACAUUUGAUGUGUUUGUCUGAAUGACUAUUGUUAUGCCAAUACGAAACAGCUUCUUGAAUGUGUAGUGUGACGCUGCUGUACAGAUAUCAACAGAAAGGGUGACGGUAAAACCCAAAUCAACAUGUUUCCUCUGAAAGCUUCUCAGAGUUUCUGUCUGAUAACCACCAACCUCUCGACAAGGUAUACCUCAGUUUCUCAUCCUAAUAAUGCGUUUGUUUUGUAACACUAUAUGAUAUAAAACAAGAGGCUUUUCGAUGACCUCCGUUUGGCACGAAAGCUUUUUAAAUACGGGAAAAACGUUUUUUAUAUGACAGAUUAUGCCAAGAAACGAUGGCCAUUCAUAAACCAGUGUUCUGCCUUCUUUCUUUGAGUUGUUUUCUGUGUCGCCCUGCUGUUUAUAAUGUGAUACUUUGUUUCUCGGCAUUGUGACCAUUUGUUAAAUCAGUUUUUUGACCUUCAUCGAGACCUGAUGAGAAGAAAAAAUCCCUGGAAAUAUGAAUUUUGUGAAAAUAAUACACAAGCACUUACCAAUAUAGUUUUGCAGUGUCCUCACAGCGUUGACGUAUGUGCAUGCCUUUGUGUUUUCUUUUCCUUUCUUUUAACUCUUUACUUUUUUAACCUGAUCACGUAAGGCUCGUGCAUGAAAUCUCAUCAGCAGUCAUAAAACCCCUUUUAUUCAUUUUUGUAUCAAAAUAUUCCCGGUCUUUUGUCUGUCACUCUUCAGUUUUAUUUCCAUUUGCGUGUGGAAUCGUCCAAUCCUGGUCACCGUCCGCUUAUGCCAUGCAAGACACCCUCAAGCGCUGCGCUACAACCAGCCUCCGAACUCACAAGUGAUGCUGUUAAACUGGUUUCAGAUCAGCGGCCAGGCGACCUUCUACACACAUCUACAAGAACUGUAUCUCAGUAUGUCUCAGGAAGCGUUUCCCUUUGCUUUGAGCCCUCUGGUGCCAUUCUGGUGACCCUUGUUAUAUUGUGUAUGCAUAAUAACACCUUAUCAGUGCGGUCAUAUUACGUGCAAUAACAUCACAAGCAGGGACUGUUUCACAGCUCACAGGCCACUUCCAAUGUGGUAAAAUACAAGCGCCUAGCAGAUCGCUUUAAGACCAUAAACGUGUACAUCAUGAACUGAAGUCGCUUAUGACACUGCUAUGCAUAUGUUAUGGCGUCCAGUUGUCUGAGAGUAUUAAACUAAAAAUAUGCUGUUAGGGGGCCGGACACAUGCAGUAAUUCUCUCUGCUGUCGGGUCAGCAAGUAUUUCUAAUAAACCGCUUCUCUGUUGCUGCUCUUGGGCUUUGUUCAUACUGCACAUAAAUCUGAUUUGUUUUUUUAACUGGAUGGUUUUGAUCGCAAACAUUUGAAGGCAACAGAAAAGAAAGAGUACCCGCCACUGCGGAAAGAAAUGGGAUAAUUGAAAUUGAGGUGCACUCGAAGUUUUUUCAUUCAGUCUGUGCAUGGGGAAUUCCACGUGUGAGAGAAAAAAAGUCCAGAUUUUGUCCUGAAUGACCAUAAACGCUCCUUGAAGGGCCAAUGAGUAUUUUUUUGGAGGAACUAUUGACUGAAAUGCAAUAUUAUAUAUAUAUAUAUAACUAUGACCUUACAUAAUGGAGCGUUAUGUUUUUAUUACCUUAGAAUAAGCUAUUUCUAUCUACAUACACCGUGGGUCCCCUUGCAUGGAAUGCACCAUGUUGUUUCUACAGUAGCCCUAUGGACAAACUGAACUACAGAGUGCAAGUCGUAAGAAGACUUUGGCUAAGAAGAGAAUCUGACAACAUCUUAGUCCUGUGUCAGCCCCCCGUAGUGCUUUGAAAGGGAGUGGUGGAGUGAGCCGUUGGUUGCAACUCGCAACCUCACCACUAGACUUUUAAAAAUAAAAUUUGAUUGCAAACAACAAAUGGAUGUGGUUUGGACAAGGUUAACAAAAAUUCUAUUAUGUUUUUUGUCUGUUUUUCAGACCAGAAACUAAAUGCAGUACGACUAAAAAUCAGAUUUUUGCUAGUUGUAUGAACAAAGCCUUUAACACAAUUCUCCUGUCGGUAUGUUUUGCUUUCAUAACACCGCAUGUGAUGACGCAUCCAACAGCGUUCAGGUCCAUACAACUGUAUGCAAUCCAUUCUCUCUGUUGUAGCAAUCUCAGCCAUCUUAUUCUACUACUUCAUCCAACUGGUCUAAUAAGGGCACGUGCCAUCUAGUAAGGGCCGAACGAGAGUGCAUUUGAUCUCAGAAGAUGGAGGAUUUUGUGAAAUGUAUUGACUGGUUAAAGUAGUGGGUUAGCACUGAUCACAUGCUGAUCUGAGAAUGAAUCUUCUAACGUCUGUUAUUGACUGUAAUAAACACUACAGAUGAUUCACUGAGCGCGAGCGAUUGCUGCUGCUGCCUAUAGAGUGUUUUAUCCAGGUGCUUUCUCAUUCCCUUCUGUUCAAAAGUCUUUGGUUAUAUCACCAGUUUAGUGAAUUUGAUCUAAAGGAUGAUUGUUGGAACACACUCCCCUCACAAGAACAGCCAAACUUUCAAGCCCCACAUUCAGUACAAGACUCGAUUGAAAAUGCAUCAUAUUGUACAUAUGAAUGUUGUUUUAGAUUGUGAAAAGAGCAUGAGUUUUUUUAAAUUGUCUUAAAGAAGAAAUCCUUUAUUGAUAUUAUUAUUAUUGUUAUUAUUAAACAAAUAUUUUAAUGUUUAUUUUGUACAUCUGUAUUUUAGUUUGAUUAAUUUAUGUCAUGGCCCAACUUUAGUUUUUCUCUUCUGGAUAAAUGAGACGUGAUGCUUACACCAGUGGUUCUCAAACUGGGGGCCCCCAAGAUGGAUCCAGGGGGGGCACAGGUUUUGUGGCAUUUUAUGAAAUAUCGAAAUUUAUCAUAGAUUUUAUGCAAUCAAACAUCAGAAAAAUGACACCACCAACCAAAAGAAUUGAGGUUCCAGCAUUGUAUAACUGAAUGUUUUUGGUUUAAUUAAAAUUCCAAGUUUAAGAUUAUAUGUCUUUAUAUGGGGGGCCGCAAAGUGAUGCACUUAACACAAAGGGGGCCUUACAAUGAAAAAGUUUGAGAACCACUGGCUUACACUAUUUAUAUAAACACUACGAAAACAAAUAAAUCCUUUACCUCAGACUUUCACUCACAGUGUAGCACGACAGACAACAUGGUGCGACAAUGCAAGUAUUUCUCCUGCGAUUCGACCAGCUUCUCUCUUCAUCUUUUCUCGCAGACACACUUUUGGACUUUUGGCCACAUUAUUACAGCGUUGAGUGAAUGUCUCUACAUUACCCAGACUCUCUAUUUUGGGUGCGAGCAGCUGUAUUACCGUUGUGCUGGACAUGCCAUUUUUGUCCAGUCUUUCUCGAGUAUUUAAUGCAUUCAGGGCCUGAUCAGACGUAAUUGUUACAUAAUGUACAGAUGAAAUUUUAUGCUACUACCCUCAAAUAAAGUAUAGUGACUGCUCUCAAAUGUGUGCUGUCUCACUUAU